UCCCUGAUCCCACUGACUGUAGCCGCAGAUCAAAAUGUUGGGGCCUUCAAGAUUCAUCUUCCUGCUACCAGCGACGAGCCAACCAUUACAUCGACUAUCACGUUUUCUGGUGAGGCAUCGCAGGUUCCAGCUAUGGCACAGCUCCUGGUCUGGAUUGCGGUCACUUUCCGACUGCCACCAAGAUCCAACAAGCUCUCGUCCUCUACCGCGCGAUUCACGGCCACCUCGUCAGCAUUCAGCAUCCAGCUCGAACAGCUUGACGAACUGAAGGACAGUGGCCCCGGAAUAUGCUGGACCGCCCUCUUUCCUAGCACCGUGGUGGCCGACGGCUUUCCUGUACCGCUUGUUCCGGACAUGUUUGGUCUUCAAGUCCCACUCGGCAUCAUUGUCGAGCUGGCGGAGAUCAUGCAGGACGUGACGCUCGAGGACGACGACGAGGCCGAUGCGGGCACGUACCUGGAUGGUAUCCGCUGGCGACUCUAUCCUACCAAGUAUGACAGCCAGGAGAACACGGUUCAGUGGCACCUCUCCCGAAAGGCCCUAGGCGAGGAUCCCAACCACCCGAGCUUUGCAGAGGAUGAGAGCGCUGGCUGGCUAGUAGGCGUCAAACCAGAGACCCUAGCAAACGCCACGGCCAUCGUUGGCUACUGUAGCCAAGUGGCGGUGCAGCUCGGUACUGAAUCCCGCCUUCGCCUGUACAAGAGAUACCGAACGUCCGGGGCCAGGUUUGAAAAGCCCCCCGCAGAGGCGGCGCCGAGCAGUGCGACUCUGGGAGGCAGCGUCUUGGGUCACCUGAUGGCGUCGAUUACGACAGUGCUGAAGUUCAAGGCAGGGCUGAAGUACUCGGUCGCCGACAUCAAGGGCAUGUCGCUGAAGGAUAUCUUGGAUCACUCCGCCAAAGAGCCCAUCAUCCUCUUCGAAACGGAGCUCGGCCAAGAGCGCGGGUGGAUGGUGCCUCAGCUGUCUCUAAUCCACGAGGCGUACAACUACUGGGCCUUCCGCGAGGCGAAGAAAACGGGCAAGGCGAUUCCGUAUGCCGCCCUCUGGGACGAGGCAGUCAAGAACGCUGAGAAGGAGCCGGAGCCGGAGCCGGAGCCGGAAGGCGACCCAGAUGAAGCCAAAGAGAGAGAGCGACGGAAAAAAGCGAAGCCUAUCGAUGCGGAGGGCGAAAUCAAGAAGAUAUACACGGCCAUCCAUAACCGCGUGGUCCAGAACGCCGAAGCCGACGAGGAAGCCGGGCCGUCGGUUCGGCUGGGCCAGACGCCCAUGCCCGGCUGGGACUGGCUCGAUCUCACCGACAGCUGGUCCGUGUCGCGGCGGCGCGACGCCCGGCGCGACGGCAACGUCUUCACCUGGAAGCAGAAGCCGUCGUGGCUCCGGCUCACCCGGUACGUGCCCGUCUUCCUGGGCCGCGGCAUGGAGCAGGUGAUCGUCCCCGUGGGCGCGAGCGCCGAGCUGGUGUGCGGCCAGUGGCAGCCCGUGCCCGGCGGCUUCAAGCGCAACUAUCUCGUCGCCUAUGUCGAGUGCCUGCGCAGCCUGGCCGAGAAGAACGGCAACCUGGACGUGUGGCGGCUGAUUGACGACAUUGCGUGGAAGUUUACGGACGCCGAGUUAUUCGAGCCCUGCAAGCAGGCUUGCCUGGCGGACAGAACGAAAUGUCCCAAGCAACCCCAACACCUCUGCAAGCGCAAAGGAGACAAGAAGAAGAGCGACACCUUACCGGCCCCGGGCGUCGGCGCCGUCAUCUUCGGGGCGAAGCGCAAGAGCGAGAAACAGCUGACGAAGAUGCCUGCAGCUGUUGGGGAAGAGGAGGAAGAAGACGAGGAGGAGGCAGUGGUGGAGGCAGUGGCGGAGGAAGAGGAUGAGGAGGCAGAAGUGGAGGCAGUGGCGGAGGCAGAGUUGGAGGAAGAGGGAGAGGGAGAGGACGGGCCGCCGGUGCCUGCUGCCCCUGGCAUCCCGAUAAAUCACGAGGACCCCGCCGGGAGAGAGCUGGUGGCGGCGGUGGGGAUAGCAGAAGCUCUGGGAGACCCCUUAUUACCGUUUGGAGACGAGGGCGCUCUGCCUGUCCCCAGCCCUGUGCCGCCUAACCCUGGAAACGGCCAGGAGAGGAGGAGGAAGUUGGCGGACAAUGUCCACAUUUUUGACGAUGAGGACGAUGCGCCACCGGCCCCAGAAAAUGUCCAGGUGAAUAACAGGAAGCCCGUGGUGGAUGCCCAAGUUGAAAAUCAGGAUGAUGUGCCGCAAGCCCAAGAGAAGGUCCGGGCGAAUAACAGGAAGCCGACAACGGGUGCCCAAGUCUUUGACAAUCACGACGAUGCGCUACCGGUUCCGGGGAACGUCCAGGUGAAUAAGAGGAACUUGGUGGACGCUCAAGUUUUGGACGGCAAGGAUGAUGCGCUACUGGCCCCGGGGAAUGACCAGGAGAAUGACAGGAAGCUGGCGGCAGAUGCCCGAGUCUUUGGUAACAAGGAUAGUGCGGCAGCCGACCCCGCGCUGAAGGUAGAUGCCCAGGAGUCGCAGCCCGUGGUGACGAUCCAGGUACUCAUGCUCCAGUGUGAGGGGGUAGGCAGGUGGCUGCACGAUAACUGGCACCUCUUGGUCAUAACAAUCCUUAUAGCGCUGCUUGUAAGGAAGUACACAGAGUGAAUCAGAAGGGAGAAGAAAGAAAGUAAGCAAAUAGAUCUCUUCUGGGACUGACUGUUUAGCUUCCUCGUCUGUCACCAUGCAGUAGAUGCCGUACUAGUUAGAUAUAAGCCGCUGUAACCGUCAGAAGACCGGCUUUAGGACCGGUCCUUUCUCAUGAAGCUCU